GACAUUGCUGCACACACGGCACCAGCCGCAAUGACAGCGGCUGCCUGGAGUGGCUGCAGGCAGCAGGCAGGAGCAUGAAGUGAGGAGACCACUGCAGUGCUCAAGAUGAACUCCUCCUUGGUUGGCAACCAGAGUGGCCGGCCCUUCUGCCUCCUGGCCAUUAGCUAUCUGGAGACCAUCAAUUUUUGCCUCCUGGAAGUGGUCGUUAUCGUGUUCCUCAUGGUGCUGAUUAUUUCGGGCAACAUCAUUGUGAUAUUUGUCUUUCACUGUGCACCGCUGCUGAACCACCACACCACCAGUUACUUCAUACAGACCAUGGCGUAUGCUGACCUCCUGGUGGGCGUGAGCUGUCUGGUGCCUUCUUUGUCUCUGCUGCACUAUCCCAUUGUUUUAAGUGAGUCCUUGGUUUGCCAAAUCUUCGGUUACGUUGUGUCGGUGCUGAAGAGCGUCUCCAUGGCCUCUUUGGCAUGCAUUAGUAUUGACAGAUACAUCGCCAUCACAAAGCCGCUGACCUACAACACGCUGGUUACUCCGUGGAGACUGCGGAUCUGCAUCCUGAUAAUCUGGCUGUACUCCUGCCUCGUCUUCUUACCCUCCUUCCACUGGGGAAAGCCUGGAUAUCACGGGGAUGUGUUUCAGUGGUGUGCCAAUUCCUGGAACACCGAUCCUUAUUUCACUCUCUUCAUCGUGGUGAUGCUCUACGCCCCGGCUGCUUUCACCGUCUGCUUCACGUACUUCAACAUCUUCCGCAUCUGCCAGCAGCACACCAAGGAGAUCAACGAGAGGCGAGUGCGCUUCAGCUCUCAGGACGGGGAGACUGGGGAGGCCCAGCCCUGCCCAGACAAGCGCUACGCCAUGGUUCUUUUCCGUAUCACCAGUGUCUUCUACAUCCUCUGGCUGCCCUACAUCAUCUAUUUUCUGCUGGAGAGCUCCAAUGUCUAUAGUAACCGCGUUGCGUCCUUCUUGACCACUUGGCUUGCCAUUAGCAACAGUUUCUGCAACUGUGUCAUUUACAGUCUCUCCAACAGUGUCUUUCAGAAGGGGCUUAAGCGUCUCUCGGGGGCUAUUUGUGCCUCUUGUGCUAGACAGAGGGUAGCUAAGGACUCCUCUACCUCUAGGAGCAAAAGAUCUUCCAAUGGAUGUCAUGUCUAAGACACCUAUCAGCUUGACUGGGAAGUGCAGGGACAACUCUGUAAAUUGCAAAAAAUUGAAUAUGAUUUUAAGAUGUCCAGAUUUGCAAAAAGGUUUCUGAGAAAUGCUGCUGACAUAGAAGAAUCAGGAGCACAUAUCAUUGUGAUUUCACUUUUAAAAAUUUAUUGCUGUGGAGGCGGCCGUGGAGUUUCACCUCCAUGUUCAUUUUUAAGAAUAAAGCUGUAUCUUGACAGUUACCUCUCCAGCUGGUGUGACUGAAUGGAGUGGGUGUCUGAGAGCUUC